AUGGAGACUGACUAUGAAUAUGAUGGAACAACCCUCCAAUAUGACCUUUACAUUGACUACUCCACCAACACAGACGGCCUGGAAUCACCCUGCGAGGGUAGCAGUGGUCAAGAAGUGACCAUCAAAGUUUUCCAGACCACCAUCUCCGUCGUAGUCUUCCUCCUGGGUGUGAUAGGGAACUCACUGGUCAUUGCAACCUUUGCUCUGUACCGCCGUCUUCGUCUCAGAAGCAUGACCGACGUCUUCCUCCUGUACCUGGCUCUGUCCGACCUCCUGCUUCUGCUCACGCUGCCGCUCCAGACGGCGGAGACUCUGAUGGGAGAAUGGCUAUUUGGCGUGUCGGCGUGCAGGUUCAAUCGCGGCAUGUACGCCGUGAACACAUACAGCGGACUGCUCCUGUUAGCCUGUAUUAGCAGCGACCGCUACCUGGUGGUGGUUCGUGCCCGUACCGCCCACAAGCUCCGUCCGAGUAUGCUCCGCUACAGCAAGCUGUCUGCACUGCUCAUCGCGCUGAUCUCCGUCGUGCUGAGCCUGCCUGAUAUUAUCUUCUCAUCAGCGCAGGAACAGAUAGGAGGGAAAAAGAGGUGCGACAUGAGUGUAUGGAUGGAGGGGGCCAGUGAAUCGAUGAAAUUGUGGGUACGUGGGGCACAGAUUGCUGGCUUUUGUGUCCCGUUCGCAAUUAUGCUGGCAUGUUAUUGUGCCAUUGGGCGCGUGCUGGCACAGGGAAGAGCACUGGCAUGGCGUAGGCAGCGUACGCUUCGCCUUAUGGUGGCACUCGUGGUACUGUUUCUGCUCUUCCAGCUUCCUUACACCAUAGUGCUAUCGCUCAGGGUGGCCACGCCCAUUCUAGACUGUGGCCAGUGGAGUGGGAUGCACCUGCUAGAGGAAGUGACACGCAGCCUGGCAUACGUUCGCUGUUGCCUCAAUCCUAUACUAUAUGCAUUGGUGGGUCUUCGCUUCCGAAACGAUGUCCUCAGGUUGUUGCAUGACGCUGGAUGUGUGUGUGUGCCUUGGUUAGGAGCCCGUCCAGACACCUACAGCUCCAUAACCCCCUCCUCGCCUGCCCCCACAACGCUUGCACCAGUUUCCUCCACUUACAUGCCUCCUAAAACUCCUGCCCUCCCUCCACAAUCCCCUACUGAUGUCGCCACAGGAACCCAACAGUCAUCCAGAAUGUUCUUCUUUCCGUCCUCGACACACCCUCUCUCCAAUGAGAUGCCACAUAUUGGCUGGGGUCAGCGCUGA